CCCCAGCUUCUUAUUGUUAUAAACAUGAGAGCGUAGUAAGUUAGUACCCAAUCCGGUCCGACAAUGGCGAUUUCCGUAACUCAUUGCUUCUCCUUCUCCUCUUCAUCGCUCUAUCCGUCUCCAUCUUCAUCAGGAAAAUCGAGAAUCAUACCCAUCCAUUUCCAUGGAAGACCACCUUCAAGAUCUCCAUUAUUUUCGAAACUAAACCGAGGGGUUCAAUUCAAGUAUCUAUCUCGGAAAAAUGACGUAUCAUGUCACUCUGCCCACCAAGCUUCACCAACUAAUGGUGAAGAAACGAAUUCAAAGCACCCACCAGAUGUAAAAACCCUGAUUAAAGCUUAUAAACAAGCUCUCUUCAUUGGAGACGAACUCACCGUUACAGAGAUCGAAACGGUUUUUUGUGAAAUCGAGAAGGAAAAGAAUAGAUUCGACCAUCAGGUUUUAUCAUUAUCAAUGAAGAUAGCUUCAGAGAAGGACACGAAAAUCAGGUUGCAGGCUGAUUUUGACAAUACAAGGAAAAAGCUUGACAAGGAUCGGCUUAGCACAGAGUCAAACGCAAAAGUGCAAAUCAUGAAGAGUCUCUUGCCACUCAUUGAUAGUUUUGAGAGCGCUAGGCAACAGACUAAACCCAAUACAGAAAUGGAGAAGAAGAUCGAUACGAGUUAUCAGGGAAUUUACAGGCAAUUCGUUGAAGUGUUGAGACACCUUCGUGUUAAAGCCAUUCCAACUCUGGGCCAGCCUUUUGAUCCUUUGUUGCACGAGGCUAUUUCGCGAGAAGAAUCUGAGGCGGUUAAGGUAGGGAUGAUAACCGAGGGGCUUACCCGGGGUUUUCUUCUAGGAGAUCGGGUUCUGAGACCAGCAAAGGUUAAAGUCUCUCUAGGACCCAUCAAGAAGAAGACUGCUUCACCUUCUGCUUGAGUUGAUGUUUGGUAAAUGAUUCUAUAUGUCUUUGUGUUUAACUCAACUUCUUUCUUUUUCAAUUGUAAACACACAAACAUAGCCAGUUCUGUUUAGGAAGUUCGUUUGCUGCUGA